AUGCGAGGAAAACAACCGAAAAGGAACAAAGAAAACGCUUCUCUCAAGAGAAAUUAUAGAUGCGUGGGGUAUCCUGAUUGUAACAUGAGUUUCAAUAGAGCCGAGCAUUUGGCUAGACAUAUUAGGAAACACACAGGGGAGAAACCAUUCCAAUGCAAUAUCUGCCUUAAAUUCUUUAGUAGAAUCGAUAACUUAAGACAGCAUCAAUCUUCUGUUCAUUCGGACGUCGAUCUUAUGUCCCUACGUAGACUGCAACAGUCCGCAAAUAACACUGCGAACGAACCAAACGCAACAACAAGAAUGUUUCCGCAAUUACGUCCAUACGGAAUCGUUGUACAGCCUACCCCCGUUCCUUACAAUCUCCCCAUAGCGACUCCCGCUAGCCCACAAAAUACAAUCUCUCUUUACGCUCCACCAUACUUCCCGCAUCCUAUUCCAUCUGCACCUAUCCCUUUGCCACACCAACCUCCCCCACUUCCAGUAUACAGCUACAUGCAACCACUCUUUCUGAAUCACACUCCUAUCCAGAAUCGCAACAUUGUCGAACUCCCUCCGGAUAGUAACGACACUUCAGCAGCGCCGCCUAAGGCGCAAGGUUUCAACCAGACCAAGGACGUUUCCCCAGACAUAAAAAAAUAA